AUGUUACAGGAAUGUGCCGUUGGGGUUUUACUAGGAUUAUCAUUCGCAGUUGCUGCCGACUGGAAUUUUCUGAAAUGUUUCGAAACUGAGAAAAGGUGUCCAAACGAGAAUGUUACGUUUUGGUUAUAUACGAGAGACACUCAGAACAACCCAACCGAGCUCAGCUUGUUUCAUACCGAUACGAUUGAUCGUGCUCCAUUCGCUGCGGGUCGUCCGCUGAUAGUUUUGAUUCACGGUUACACCGGACAUCGGAACUAUGCCCCGAACACAUCGAUUCGCCCGGCAUAUUUAGACUACGGGGAAUUCAACAUCGUCUCGCUAGACUACAACCCUCUAGCACUGGAACCUUGCUACUAUCAGGCUGUGCGAAAUCUUCCCACGGUCGCGAAUUGUACGGCUCUGCUCUUGGACUACAUGAUCGAGCGCCGGAUGUUCACCCUGAAUGACAUUCACGUUGUGGGCUUCAGCCUCGGAGGUCAGACUUCCGGUAUGAUUGGUAAUUACCUGAAAGCGGGAAAACUGAAACGAGUAACUGGGCUCGAUCCAGCCAAGCCACUUUUCAUCACGGCGCCUAGCGAAUUCAAACUAGACCAAUCGGACGCGGAGUUCGUACAAGUUAUUCACACCGACGUGUUUGCACGGGGUAUUCUCCACCCCAGCGGUCACACAGAUUUCUAUAUUAACGGAGGGGUGGAACAACCGGGCUGCAGUAACCAAACGACUGGCCAAACGACCGGCGAGUGCAACCAUAAUCGAGCGCCGGAAUAUUAUGCGGAAUCGAUCGCCUCGGAAGUGGGUUUCUACGGAUACAGGUGUGCUCACUGGUAUCUGUACAUGUUGGGACUGUGCCGAUUCAACGAACAGAGCACGGUUGCCCUUAUGGGUGCACAUACUCCGAACACAACACGUGGCUUAUAUUUCCUGAAUUCCAAUGUGCAAUCACCAUUCGCCCAGGGACGAAACUUUAGCCUAAGAGAUGAGUACGUAAUACCUGCGUGA